AUGAACGCAAAGAAGGUCACGAGCGACACCACAACAGUCAGCACGACCGAAUCUCAAACGAGCAACAACGCCACCAUCGCGGCGCUCGGAUGCUACCUUGACAAGAAAGCCAAGGAUGUCUACGACGCUACACCCGACUUCCCCAUCAUUCGAUCUCCCAACCCUCGCAACACGUCCCGCGCAGUUUUUGGGCUUGCUGUCAAGUUGACCAACAUCACAAAAUUUCGGGCCCACAAACGGCGCAGCGGACUCAAGAUCAAGCGUACAGCCACCCAACGGUCUGACAAAUUGGGCAAAAAGGACGGCAAGAGCUACCGCGACGUUCAAGCAGCGGCGAUGCUCCACAGGCAAAAGCACGGAAACCCCCUUGACAUGAGCGAAAAGGUGCUCACCGCAUUUCGCGCAGUGGCCCACCUGUGGCUCCAGCGAAAGCAGCGCCGCGAUAAAGCGCUGAAAGACAACGUCACGUCCAACCUCGUGAUGCGACACAGCAAAAUGUCCACCAUGUCGGAGAACGUCUUCGACAUCAUUAGCAAGAACUUCGUCACAGCCGUGCCGGCGCUUCAGUUCUUCGACGACAGGAACGUUGCAGACGUACCCAAGCCGACCGUGUCCAAGCUACCGACGUCUCCUCUCCGACGACCGCACACUUCGCGCCCGGUAAAGCCAUCUCGACCGUCCAUGCCCGAGACGACCGCUUUGCCCACGCGUCCGGCCACCAGUCGCGCGGCUGCGGCAGUGACGACGCCCCGUGGCAUCUGCUAUACAGUCACGGACGAUGGACAACGCAUGUGCAAGACCGAACACAACAUGAGUGACCUGGAGCUCGAUCGAGCAUUCAGGGGCCGGUCCAACAACAAAGUGAUGUCCGUCGAAGAUGCGCUGCUGCUCAACAUGAAUAAGAGGUUGAAAAUCCGCAUGGGGUUGAAGAAGAAUCGCCUUCGAGACAUCUCCACCGCAUUCAAUGAGCACCAAAAGCACCUGACCGAAACGCUGGUCGCCACAUUAGCGAUGCACUGGGCCGAACAAGAAGACAUGCAUGUGAAGAAGCUGACCGUUGCAUGCCUCAACGACACCACCAUGCCUUCCUUUCGCAUGGACAAACACGCGACCUUGAGCCACCUCCGCCACGAAAAGUGGCGACUUCUUGAGAUGUGCAAAUUGGUCAGUUUGUUUGGGGCGAUGCUGCGGGCUGCCGAAGAUACCCCCGGCGACAUGACCCGUUCCGAGAUGCGUGUGCUCUCGCUUUUUCGCAUCCUUAUCGAGGACCAUUCGAUCCUGACCCCCAUCGUGCUCAAGAGCAUUCUUGCCCAGCUCACUCCCGCCGACCUCCAGUGUCCUCGCGUCGAGGUGUUGCUGAGAGUUGUACAGAAGAGACUCAUGGUGUGGAAGAAAGACAGCGAACCUGUAACACUCGACACAGUCCACACGACUCUGUAA